CUGUAUCGGAGUUGGCUUCUAAAAAGAAUUCAAGUUGCACUUUUGAAAGCAUUUGAUCAAUUUGGCUUUGGCACGGACGGCCAAGUGACUAAGUGACUGGGCUUCUCUUUUAGGGACACUCGAAUCAUCAGAGCAAGUAAUGUCACUCAGUGAGAUACAACGUAGAGAAGACUUUCAAAUAAAGCCGGAGAAGAGAUCUCACGAACUUGACACGACAAGCUGGCCGCUGCUUUUGAAAAACUUUGAUAAGUUGAACGUGCGGACCAGUCAUUACACUCCCUUACCGUUUGGUAAUAGCCCUUUGAAGAGACCUUUAAAGGAAUAUAUUAGAUAUGGGGUUAUCAAUUUGGAUAAACCUGGUAACCCUUCUUCACAUGAAGUGGUUGCUUGGGUAAAAAGAAUACUUAAAGUGGAAAAAACUGGGCAUUCUGGAACUUUGGACCCAAAGGUCACAGGUUGCCUGAUCGUCUGUAUUGAUCGCGCAACAAGACUUGUCAAGUCACAGCAGAGUGCAGGAAAGGAAUAUGUCACUGUACUUCGACUUCACGAUUCACUUGGAGAAGGUGGAGAAGCCAAGUUGGCCAGAGCAGUUGAUAGGUUGACUGGUGCAGUAUUUCAGAGACCUCCUCUUAUAUCUGCUGUGAAAAGGCAACUUCGAAUACGGACCAUAUAUGAAAGUAAACUGUUAGAAUUUGAUGACUCCAGGCACUUGGCAGUAUUCUGGAUUCGUUGUGAAGCUGGAACUUAUGUUCGUACUUUGUGUGUGCACCUUGGUCUGUUAUUAGGUGUUGGGGCACAUAUGCAAGAACUUCGUAGAGUUCGUUCAGGAGCAAUGGGAGAAAAUUCUGGUCUUGUUACCAUGCACGAUGUCUUAGACGCUCAAUGGUUGUACGAAACUUGCGGUGAUGAAAGCUAUUUGCGUAGAGUAAUUAUGCCUCUAGAAGCUCUUUUAGUUGGUUACAAGAGAGUAGUGGUCAAGGACUCUGCGGUGAACGCCAUUUGCUAUGGAGCCAAGGUUAUGAUUCCAGGUCUUUUACGAUUCGAAUCAGGUAUUGAAGUGGGUGAGGAAAUAGUUAUCAUGACUACGAAAGGCGAAGCUAUUGCUCUUGGCAUUGCAGAAAUGACUAGUGCGGUUAUGGCCACAGUUGAUCACGGUGUUAUUGCUCGUAUAAAGAGAGUGAUUAUGGAAAGAGACACAUAUCCAAGGCGAUGGGGAUUGGGUCCAGUUGCUAGCAAAAAGAAACAACUUAUUGCUGCUGGUCAACUAGACAAGCAUGGAAAGCCUAAUGAAAAUACUCCUAAGAACUGGUUUCAGAUUCAGCCUGAUUUUGCUUCGUUGAAUCGUAUAACAGAGCAAGUUCCAGUAGAAACACAGAAAGAAGAGCCAACGACUCCCCAACCAGAGAAAACUCACGAAAAUGACUUGAAAGAAGACAAACCGAAGAAGAAAAAGAGCGAUAAGAAAAAGAAACAUAAAAAGCAUAAGAAAAGUCGUCACUCAGGGAGACAUUCUUCCUCGAAGAAGUCAACGAGUUCAGGAGAAGACUCUUCAGGAAGAGAUAGCAGCAAUGAAAGCGAUAGUUCUCUAUCUGAAUAGGAUAGGAUUAUAGGCUGAAUCUACUACUAGACACUUGU